UGGCAGCACUACAGUUUACAUGGUACAGAGACGAGUAUGCCAGGACUGCAGGUAAACCGACCUGCAAGCACAAUUAACAAACUACAGAAUCACAAAGAGUUAAAUUGCCAAAUGUAUGGGAAAAUGCCAAGCUAACUGUAAGUCCGGAGCUCUCCUAGGAGAGCAGAUGGCCUCUUAGCAUCAUUACAUGAGCAGUAAAUGGCACAGAUCUGCUGAGGAUUCAUCACCACAUAGGGAAUAAAUUGUGUUGCUGCUGCCAACUGUACCCAGUGUUCAGGAAAUGAGAGAGUUAACAAUGACAGAGAGAUGAGAGCUCCCUCCUAAACAACUGCUGUCACCAUCAGGCAGGAUUCCGAAUGUUAACCCUGCACUUGCCGGAGCUGAGAGGGAAGAAUAACCAUGCAGAAUGCGCUGAAGAGGCUUUCCUCCUACAGUCUAGUAGUCAUGCUUUUGGUCUAAUCCAUCCAGAUUCCCAGGUUGUGGUGUUGGGGGAGGGAAUCCCACGAUCUCCUCCCGUCACUCACACACGUGUUGUCUCCAGCCUCUGCUGAGAGAAGGAAAUACCAGAGCUAUAUCUGGCUUCAGCUGCGGACACUAUCACAGGAGCAAUGCUGCAGUGCUGAAUGGGUUCUGGCUUCACAUGACUAUGACUUGUAUCUAUGGAAGGUUGAGGGGCUCGCCAGCAGCAAUGUGGAUCCAUAUGGUUAAGGGCAAUCUGAAGCUGGGUGACAAGUGUGCAGCCUGGUGACACUUUGACCACACAUGGUGCCCUUUUCAGCACUCAGAAUCAUUGUCCCUCUAGCUGGCAGCUCUACCCUCCUUCUUCUUCUUCUUCACCACCAUGUCAGCAGCGCCUGAGAAAAUGCAGGAGACACAUGCCAUAUUCCAGCACAUCGUCACCAGCAUUCUCACUGGUGUGGUUCCCUUAGAUACCAUCAUCCAGUCAUAGUAAAGCAGAUGAAAGGAAGAUCUCAGCCUGGAGUCCUUGUACUAUGAGGAAAACACCAUUUUAGUGUUAACUGUUUUCUUUUAGUACUCAUCCUCCCUUGUCCACAUUCAGACCCCAGUUGCCCUCCUCUUGGCAGAACUAUCUCCACCCCCACACACUGACAAUAUUCCACUGAUGGCACCAAGAAGAGCCCAUGAUCGGUGCCUAAUGCUACUGGUUGAGGAUUGCCUGUGUCUCUAGAGCGACUCUGGAUGUAAGUUCCAGAUUUCAUCCUGUAGACCCAGAAGCUUGGUGCAGGUGGUGGAUCUGCCCCCAGUGGCUGUCUCUCAUGGUGCACAGAACGAGUGGAGGCAUGUGGAGCUCUCUUGGAGGACGUCUCUUUGGGUUUAUCUCUGCUCCAGUUCUGGUUGCAGUUGUCUGCUGUGCCCAAAGUGUCAAUGAUCCAGGUAACAUGUCUUUUGUGAAGGAAACAGUGGACAAACUGCUAAAAGGCUAUGACAUCCGUCUAAGACCAGACUUUGGAGGUUCUCCAGUAGCUGUGGGAAUGAAUAUAGACAUUGCCAGCAUUGACAUGGUGUCUGAAGUCAACAUGGAUUAUACUUUGACUAUGUAUUUUCAGCAAUACUGGAGGGAUAAGAGAUUAGCAUAUACGGGAAUUCCUCUCAACCUCACGCUUGACAACCGAGUGGCAGAUCAGUUGUGGGUUCCUGACACUUAUUUUCUAAAUGAUAAAAAAUCUUUUGUACAUGGAGUUACUGUAAAAAAUCGAAUGAUCCGCCUUCAUCCCGAUGGAACUGUUUUAUAUGGUUUAAGAAUAACAACAACAGCUGCAUGUAUGAUGGACUUACGGAGAUAUCCGCUGGAUGAGCAGAACUGUACUCUUGAAAUAGAGAGCUAUGGCUAUACUACCGAUGACAUCGAAUUUUACUGGAGAGGUGGAGAAAAAGCGGUAACCGGGGUUGAGAGAAUAGAGCUCCCUCAGUUUUCCAUAAUGGAUCACAAGUUAGUGUCCAAGAAUGUUGUGUUUGCUACAGGAUCCUAUCCUAGACUUUCCCUAAGCUUCAAGUUAAAAAGAAAUAUUGGAUACUUUAUUCUUCAGACCUACAUGCCAUCCAUUUUGAUUACUAUAUUAUCCUGGGUAUCUUUUUGGAUCAACUAUGAUGCGUCAGCAGCAAGAGUUGCCCUUGGUAUAACUACUGUACUGACUAUGACAACUAUCAACACUCAUCUCCGAGAGACAUUGCCUAAAAUCCCUUAUGUAAAAGCCAUUGACAUGUACUUGAUGGGAUGCUUUGUAUUUGUAUUUUUGGCCUUGCUUGAGUAUGCUUUUGUCAACUAUAUAUUUUUUGGAAGAGGCCCACAAAUGCAAAAGAAGCUUGCAGAGAAGACAGCCAAAGCAAAUAAUGAUCGCUCCAAAUUUGAAAGCAACCGGGUGGACGCGCAUGGAAAUAUAUUGCUUACAACACUUGAAAUCCAUAAUGAAGUUACCGGCAAUGAAAUUACAACAAGUGUCACUGAUGUUAGAAAUUCUACAACAUCUUUUGAUAACUCAGGAAUUCAAUACAGAAAACAAAGUGUUACUCGUGAUGGAUUUGGGCGCCGAGCAAUGGACAGAACUGCUCCUCAUGGCAAAAAGAACCAUCUACGGAGAAGAUCCUCACAGUUAAAAAUUAAAAUCCCAGAUCUAACUGAUGUAAAUGCCAUAGACAGAUGGUCAAGAAUGAUAUUUCCUAUCACAUUUUCUCUCUUUAACCUAAUCUACUGGUUAUAUUAUGUUAACUGAUGGACUUUGUUGAUGUAGUAAAACGUAUGCGGUGAAGCAGGAAAUAAUUCUCUAGCAUACGCUAUGUUAAUAUGAAUGUAUGUGCACGCGCAUCUCAACGCUACACACGUUCAUAUGAGAUGAAUAAAUAUAUUCUGAGGCAAAGGAAAAGAAAAGAGACAACGCCGAUCUUCCUUGAAAGAUGGACAUACCUUUUUUGAACUACUGCUUGAGAUACACUUUUCAUCAUUUCUGAUACUUCAAGAAUGGGACUACGAUCACCGUAUUUUUUUUUUCAUUCACUUUACAUCAUCAAUUUGAUUAUAAUGGUUUUGACACAGCUGAACAUUCUUUUAUUUACCAGUGUUGCAUACUCCAAACUUCAAGCGCAUUACCUUUAGUGUUUUCUUUCAUGUUUAGAGAAGUUCUGUUUUUACAGUUUACUGACUAUUUGUUCUUGGUUGCCCAUCGUGAUCACUCCUAAACAUUGUAUUAUGGCAUAUAUUGGGAUAUGUGUCAACAAUAGCUGGAAUCCAUCUUAAUGCACUGACCUUAAACCCAUUACUGGAUUCCUAUUUCUAUGUACUACAUGUUAUACAGAGCAGUAUAUUUUUUCUACUUAGAAAUGCUGUAACUAAACCUUGGCAUAAAAUACCAUUUAUUUCCCACUCAAUUUAUAAAACGCAAUGGAGGUCAUUUAUAACCUAACGUUUAUGAAGAACAUUUUUCAGCAGUUUGGUGCCUAUUUCGACUAGGGAUGUGUAUGUUUGUUUUGACCCCGCUCUCCUUCAUAUUUAAUAUCUUUUGCAAUUUCUUGAUGCUGAGCUUCAGAAAUAUUGCAUUGUGGGUAAAUUCCUUCAAUAAAUAAUUUCUUUCUGGUCUCAGAUCUUUGCAAUAAUGACAAAAAUAUAUAUUUGAGAUCAGAAAAAUUGCAGGAAAAAUACAAAGUUAACGUUUAGGGUAAGAUGGUGCUGCUUUUCUUAAGACUUCAAAUUGCCCAAAAACAUUUUGGAUGCACUUUUCUUCCAUAUUCACCACAGCCAACUCUACUUGCUAUAAGAAGAUACUAAACCUGGAGCCGUAUGUUUAAGAAACAUGGGUACAUUAUUGGAGAGGAAAUAUGGUCUGUAUUUAUUGUACAUGGUUGUGUUGGCUGUAAAUAUGGUUUUCUAAGAUCAAUGAGGGUACAUAUUUUUCUUCCAUUUGGGGCCCCUGCCUGUUCUGAGGGUUUGUUGGUUUUAUAAAUGGCCUCCCUAUCAAAAAGUGAUUGCUUUCAACCAUCAUUGUAUUCGAUAUACAGUGAAAACCGCUUCAUAAGACCACCUCUUUGAGAAUACCAACUCCUUACCUAUGCCAAAUUGUCUGGGACAGAUUUUUAGUUCCUCAUUUAUGAUAUAUUAAUUGAGAAAACCAGCCCUCGAAAAGACCACCUACUUUUUUGUUCAACUUUGAUUGGUCUUCUCAAAGAGGUUUCACUGUGUAAAGUUCCUGAAAUAUAAUAAUGUUGACAUGGACAGUGAGCGCCAACAAUGACACAUGCCACAUUUCCCGGUACACUUUAGAGUAAAAUGUAUCCAGUUUGUUGAAACACUGGAAACGGAAGAAUCUCAGGAUAUUUGCUGUGUAUCAUUUUAAUAUGUUUUAUUUAAAAGUGCACUCACCCUUUUAAGCAUUAUUACACUGCAUGAAAACUGAAGAUAUAUUUACAUAGAAUGCAUAUAUACAUAUAAUUUAUCAAUGUAUUUUACGUUGUGCUUGCUAUUGUGACAGCAUGCUUUGUCAUAUUUUUGUCUAACAUUCUAGACGUAAACUCCAAAUGCAAUGCUAGCACAAUUAGUUAUAUACCCAUUACUUUAUACAUAUUUUAGUAUUAAGAAAACCAUCCAGUAUGUAGCAUGAAACAAUCACAUAUGCUUUAUAGCACAAUAUAAUGCCCUUAAGAUUAACAAUUAGUUUUUUUAUGCAAAAGAGAAAGAGAAAAAAAAAUAUUCUUCACGUUUAUUUCAAACUGUUCACUUUCACUCACAAAAAAAUCCACAUUUUUUUAGACUGGUGAUUAAGCUGCAUCAAUUUCUGAAACGUUACUAUUAUUUACUUUUUAUCUAAUCUUGCUAUUUCUAAAAUGAAGAUAAUAUAUAUUUUUUCUAAGCCACAUUUAUAUCACUUAAGUCCAAUACUAUUAGUGUUCUUGUUGUGAAAUUGACAAGAGAAUUUAUGUUUAUUUCAUUUAGAUUUGGCGCCUAAAUGUUCUCUGAUUGUGUUUUUUCUUAUACAUUUUUAAAGGUGUUCUCCAACUUUACAUAAGAUGUAAAUUAUUAUUUGUUGCAUUUAAAGCAGAUCUGUCAACUUUAUUAUGUUUGCUGAUGUAAGAAUAGCAUACUACAGCUACAGAUCCAUACUCCUAGAAGCCAAAAUGGCCAGACAGAUUGCGCUGUUUGGGCAAUAGGAGCUUUGAAAGAAUACGAUAGACUCUUGGUUAUGAUAUGCUACCUAGGCAAUAUAUUAAGCUGUUUCAUACUCUUCAAUGGUUUUAUGUACAUUUUCUGAUUUUUUUUUAUGCUAAAAAAAAGAUUAUGUACAAUUUUUGGUGCCAUCGUUUUUUCAUACAUUAAUAUGUACAUUUUAGUCAAGCUAUAGGGCUCAUGGACAAAACUGUACGUGUAAUAUUGUUUGUCCAUAUGUUCCCAAUUGCACAUAAGAAGCACAUAAAGCUAGAGGUUUUUUUCUCUCUAAGAUUUCAUACAAAUCCCUAAAAACGAAUCAUAACCUGCAUAAGGAAUUGUAAACCUACAAAGAGUCACUAUAGACAUUAUGCAUGAGGCUUAAAUCUUUUUAACAUAUUUAUGUUUUUUUUGUUUUUUACUAAAUUCUAAAUGAUUGUGGUAAAAAAUGCAAAAUGUUGAACAAAAGCACAAAAAAGGAGAAGGACCACAUAUUAUCCUCUUACAGAAGAGUAUAAUAACAAGCAGGCAAUACAUAUAAGCACAUUAAAAAAUGUGUCUUAAGCACAAUACAACUAUCUUUAAAUGUGACUUUUUGAGUAAUAUAAAAAAAUAUCUAAAAACAAAUAAAUAAUGUAAACAUUUAGCUCCUGUACCUUUAUUAUGUGCAGUUGUUGUGGCAGUCUUUCGGAAAUAUUUUUUGUCCCACUCUCCACUUGCCUUCAGUUUGUAGAAUAGGUAAUAGAUAUCUGUAUACCCUGGUAUCAGCAGCCAUGUAAGGCUGAGUUCACAUUUCUCAAUUGUCCGGCACAGUUUCCCUCUGGCGUGCACCUGAGGGAAACUGAUGCUAAAACUGAUCCUAUUAAUUUGAAUGGGACAGCUCACAACCAUCCAGCGUCUCAAUUUUUAUGCCGGAUGGUUGGACACACGGAGGUCACCGGACAGGGGAAAGAAGCUUGCUGCGUUCCCCUGUCGGCCAUCCAGAAACAAUGGAUGCCAGAUGCUAUACAACUGAUAACUUGUCAUCAGUUGUGGCAUUAGUUGUGUAGAGAUAUAGGCUGAGUUCACCUAUGCCAGAUUCCGGACAUGUGUGAACUCAGCCUUAGCUGUCAGAAAGCCAAAAUGUUCCCUCUAGUUUGUUAUAAUAAUAAUAAUGUUCUUUAUUUGAUUGUUAAUAAGGUGAAAAAAGGAAAUGCUGAGAAUUGUAGUAAUCAGUGAGCUUGAACAUAAUUUCUUUCUGUCCUAUUUCACUUUCAAUAGAAAGCAAUAUUGACAAACUGAGAUAUACACUUAAUAAACUUAAAGUGGUAUUCCAAGUUAAAACGCUUUCCCCAAUCUAGAGGAUAGGGAAUAACUGUUGGAUUCCAGGGAUCUGACCAUUAGAAACGGCCCAAGUCGUGCUUCAGAAUGGAGCAGCAAGUUAUGGACGUGCCCCGUUGUUCCAUUCAUUGUCUAUGGAGCUGACAAAGAAAGAUAAGUUCAAAUCCCAUGUGACCGACUGCUGUUCCCCGAUCAUAUGCAACUUAUUCACUAUUAUAUGGAUAGAGAAUAUAUGUUUUAACUUGGAAUACCACUUUAACAUGUUUUUUUUUUUUUAAAUAAACAUAGUAGUUUUAUUGUAUUGAAUCUCAGUUCAUAAUGUCAGGUUUCUAUCAAGCUUCUAGUAUUAUUUUCCUUCUUUUCUAGCUAUAAAAAGGAGAACAUAACCUCAUUUAAUAAGACAAUUUUACACCUUUUAGAUGUAUAUUCAGAAGACUAUUUUGCACAAAUUCUAGAAUGCUUAUUGACUAUUGCACUCACAAACGUAUCGGUACCAAAUGUUUGUUUCUGAAAAUGUCACAAGAACAACAAAAAAAUGUUUGCGGUCAUUUUUUUUUACAGUAUAGUGCUCCAAGUAGAAAAUAAAAAACAUAUUAUUCCGGAUAAUAAAUUCAUUAUAUACAGUCCAGGAGUUACUGAGUUUCCAUUUUCUUAAAUCAUUGCACCUAUGACCGCUGCAGGUAAAACAUGUACAGGAUGUAUACAAUGCAGUCAUUUAUUAUUCUAGCUGCCAUUGUUACGUUGGAUUGCACCUUUAACAAAUGUUUAGUGUUAUUUCUUAUGAUUUGUUUCAUUACUGUGAUAGAUAAGAGAUGUUUGAUGUGUUGAAGAAGACAGAAGUUGUCAGCUAUGGAUGCAGAGUUUUGCUUUGUUUUGCAGGACCACAUUUGAUUUUGUUAAAUCAUAAACUAUUUUUCUGUUUUAAUUGCUUAUAAAAUGUCCAUUUUAUCAUGUCUAUUUUUCAGUAUGUUUUGGCUUUCAAAAACAAUAUGAUGACUAUUUAACAGUUGAAUGACUUUUUUAUUAAACAAACUGUAUAUAAAAUGUUCUGUUGUUUUGUUAUCAUAAAUGUAAAGUACGGCUUCUCAGACAGUACUAAUGCUCCAGCUGGUAGAAAAUAUUUUAUUUAAAUGUUCCAUGGGAUUAGUAUGCCAAAAAGCUCUUCCAUAGUAAGAAGAAAACUAGGUGGUACUAGAGAGGCAGUUGUUUCUCUUUUGCAAAUAAUACUAAA